GUCUCACUUUUUGCCCAGGCCAGGCUUAAAGAGAUCCUCCUGCCUCAGCUUCUCAAGUAGCUGAAACUACAGGCACCCACUACCAUGCCUGGCUAAAGACACAUUUAAUAGAAUGAAACGACAAGCCACAGGCUAGAAAUAAAUAUUUGCAAACCACACAUCCGAUAAUGGACUUGCUUCUAAAAUAGUUAUAGAACUCUUAGAACUCAACAAACAGCUCAACAAUUGGAAAACCAAACAUCCCAUGUAUAUUAGGCCGUUCUCAUGCUGCUGAUAAAGACACACUUGAGACUGGGCAAUUCACAAAAGAAAGAGGUGGACUUACAGUUCCGCGCGGCUGGGGAGGCCUCACAAAGGCAACUCCUGUCGUACACGGAUGGCAGAGGGCAAAGAGCUCUGCAGGGGAAGUCCUCUUUUUAAAACUGUCAGAUCUUGUGCGACGGAUUGACUCUCAUGAGAACAGCACAGGAAAGACUUGCCCCAUGAUUCAAUUGCUGCCCACUGGUCCCCCGCAUAACAUGCGGGAAUUCAUGAUGAGAUCUGCAUGGGGCACAGCCAGACCAUGUCACCAAGUAAAUGAAAACAAAGAAAAUCAGAUCAAAACAGACACUUCACCAGAGGAGAUACCAGGAUGGCAAUGAGCACAAUAAAAUAUGUUCAACAUCACUAGUGUUGUGAAAAAUGCAAACUUAAACUACAGUGAAAUACCACUAUAUGCAUACGAGAGUGACUAAACAUUUUUAAAGUGACCACAGAAAGCAUGGGUGGGGAUGUGGAGAAAAUGAAACCCUCAUGCACUGAUGGUGAAAAUGUAAAAUGCACAACCACUGUGAAAAACGGUUAAAAAGUUAAACACCUGCCAUGUGAUCCGGACACUCUGCUCCUAGAUAUUUCCCCCAGAAAUGGAAGCAUGUGUGCACACAAUGUCCACACAAUGAAUGCACACCCAAAUGUCCACAGCAGCUUUAUUUAUAAGAGUAAAAAUUUAGAAACAAGUAAAAUGUCCCUCAACAGGUGAAUGAUAAACAAAUUGUGUUAUACCCAUACCGUGGAAUACUACUGAGCAAUCAAAGGGAAUACAUUAUGGACACCUGCAGCAAGAUAGACGAUCCUGAAAAUAAACAUUAAGUGAAAAAAACACAGAAAAGUAUACAUACAGUAUGAUUCUUUUUUAUAUGAAAGUCUAGAAAAAGCAAAUAAUCUACAGUGAUAUAAAUCUGGUCAGUGGUUUUGCCUAGGGACUGGGAUGUGUGGUAGAGUGGGGACAUUUAGGAGGAGGAGUUACCAAAGGGCACGAGAACACUUUUUCGGGUGAUGGAUAUAGUCCCUAACUUGAUUGUGGUGGCUUCACAGGUGUACACGUCACAGAUACGCCAAAAUCUGCGUGUAGUUUCCUGUAUUUCCACUUCACCUCAAUAAAACUGUCUGAAACACAACCAAAGAAAAACCAAAUAUGACUAUACAAUCGACUGUACCUAACAUAGCAUCUUUUAAGACAAAGUAUCAGGUACUAAACUCACAUUCAUUGUCUGUAUAGACGAAGGGAUGGUCCUAUUGCCAUGGAAUUAUCACUGGCAACAAUGACAGAGGAUGCAAUGCAGAACUUUCAGUUCUCUACAGACACCCUACUCCCGCCCCACUUCCACCCUUCGUCCUAGCUCACCCCUGAAAAGAGGAGCCACCAGCUUUCCACCUCAUGGCCACAGACGGGUUAACCAUCCGUGUGAAACAUCCACUGCCCUGGGUCCAAGCUCCUGCCGCUGUGGAGGUGAACCAUGUACUUCAUCAUAGCUAGUUCAGGUUGUAUAACAUAAUGCCUGAUAACCCUCGCCAUUUUUGAAACACAUCCAAAUUGUUUCUUAUUCGUUUUCCAUGUCUACCUUAGAGUGAAUUUCCUGCACUGAUAACUAGGUUAAGGAUUUUGGAGUUAUCUAGGGUCAUGGUGACACCCUGCAUUGUAGACCAUGUUUGCCUUCUGUACACCCCAGUAACAGAAAUCAAAAUGAACCGUUGUAUGUGGAUGCAUUUUAUCAAACCAAGUCUCUGCAUGAUGGGAGGCACUGUCAUUACUGAGACAGUAACUCAGUGGAAAGGCUGAAUCAAGAAUAUGAAGAAUGAGCACGGGGUCCACGCUAAAAGGAGGCCAGGUGAACUGCUCCGUCCAACUGAGGUCUUCCUGAUACCUAAUGACCCAGAGCAGUGUGCCCACGCCCAGGUGCAGAUUGUCCCAGAGGAGCAGGCAGAGGCUGGAGAAGCUCAUUCUUAAACGGAUCAAAUAAUUCUGAGAAUUGCAUGAACUCCAUAAACUCUCUUCCCCAAAAUGACAAAAAUGUGCAGAAAAUAAUUGCGAACAAUUUUUAGGAGCUUACACACUUUGAAGUUUAUCCACGGGCAGCUGUAACCCUUAGGAAUUAUCUCUGGAAGUGGCUUGAACACUGCGUGGUACUCGGUAGGUGUUCAAUGAAUUAUUUGUCCAGUGAAGUGAUUAAGGAGCCUUGUAAAUACUGACUAAAGCAUGUAUCACCGCAUCCGAUUUUUGAAACCAGUGCUUCUCCUCAAGAACAAGCAGGGAAGUUAAUGCAGUAAUAUUCUUUUGAAGUAGCCACGGUGGUUGCAAGGCAGAAGCCCAGGUGCACUCCUCACUCCACCCGCUACAGUAACCAGCUGACAUGGGCGUGCCUGGUAGUUCUGGUUCAGACGCAGGUGCAGAUGACUUCUUUAUCCCAUUUCAAAUUCUUUUUGAAGAUGAUUCCCAUGGACAUUCAUCUGCCUAAAUUAACAUAUCAUUAAUUUAAACUAAUGACCUCAAAGAUGUCUACCAGCAAUCGCAUUCCAUUCUCCCAGUUACAGAAAACAAAGAGAAGCUGCGAUCUGAGAAUCUCAGCGUUGGGCGUGCUGAGCAAAAUGGCCAUCUAUCUGGGGUGGGGUGCUGACUCACUGUCCCUCUCCAGCGCAUUUUGCGGGGUGGGGACUUCCAGAGCAGGAUCCUCCAGAGGGGAGCACUCAAGUUCCCUCCUCCCGGCCCCGGGGCACGCCAGGCUAACCGCCUGCCCCGGUCCCCCGUGAGCGGCCCUCUGUGCUCGGGUUCUGUGCGUUUGCCCGUGUUCUCCUAUGACUUUGCGAAAUAUUCCAAGACAAGAGCCAGAAAGUCUUGGUCUCUGAAGACAAGCACAAUGCUGCUUUCAGCUUAAAUAUCUCCUGGGAAACCUCAAGAUUGUGAAUGUCAUCAUUAUGAAAAACAGAGAUUACAAAAGGAAACCAUCGCAUUUCAGUCGCCCGCCCCGUGGGAUGGGAUCUGACCUCCGUGUAGCUUUUCUUUGGGAGGUUUUCAGUCUUGAACAACCGUGCCUGAGAAUGACGGCUCCGAAGAGGCUGCAGUAGAUUCGGGGGGAGCGCUGGCUGGGGAGGCGAGAAUCUCCAACGACACCGGGAGUGCGGUCAAAAGGUACCUGCUCGAGUGCAGCCGAGUCGCCGCCUCCUGCGCCCCCGCUAGUGGAGACGCCCAUCGCCCGGCAGACGCUCCUCUGCCGCGCCCCGCGAGCCCCGCGCCCCGGACGCCCCGCUCUGCCGGGAGCCUCCCGGGAGCCCGCGCCCCGCCCGCGCGCUGGGCCCGCCCCCGCCGCCUCCCCGCGCGCCGCCGCCCGAGCCCGCCCAGACCGAGCGCCCGAGGUGCCGCCGCCGCCAACGCCGCCGCGAUGUGACCUUCAGGGCCGCCAGGACGGGAUGACCGGAGCCUCCGCCCCGCGGCGCCCGCGCCUCGCCUCGGCCUCCCGGGCGCUCUGACCGCGCGUCCCCGGCCCGCCAUGGCCCCCUCGCCCCCGCCCGGGCCCUCCGUCCUGCGCGCCGCGCUGCUGCUGCUGCUGCUGGCCGCGGAGUGCGCGCUCGGUGAGUCCCGCGGCCCGAGGCCCCGUCCCCGGGAGCGGAGGCGGCUCCGGGCGCGGCUUGACGCGGCCCCGUCUCUCCCCCCGGCAGCGGCGCUGUUGCCGGCGCGCGAGGCCACGCAGUUCCUGCGGCCCAGGCAGCGCCGCGCCUACCAGGUCUUCGAGGAGGCCAAGCAGGGCCACCUGGAGCGCGAGUGCGUGGAGGAGCUGUGCAGCCGCGAGGAGGCGCGGGAGGUGUUCGAGAACGACCCCGAGACGGACUACUUUUACCCGAGAUACUUAGACUGCAUCCACAAGUAUGGGUCUCCGUACACCAAAGACCCGGGCUUCGUCACCUGCGUGCAAAACCUGCCUGACCAGUGCACGCCCAACCCCUGCGAUAAGAAGGGGACCCAAGCCUGCCAAGACCUCAUGGGCAACUUCUUCUGCCUAUGCAAAGCUGGCUGGGGGGGCCGGCUCUGCGACAAAGAUGUCAACGAAUGCAGCCGGGAGAAUGGGGGCUGCCUCCAGAUCUGCCACAACAAGCCGGGCAGCUUCCACUGUGCCUGCCACAGCGGCUUCGAGCUCUCCUCUGACGGCAGGACCUGCCAAGACAUAGAUGAGUGCGCAGAAGCGGAGGCCUGCGGGGAGGCGCGCUGCAAGAACCUGCCUGGCUCCUACUCCUGCCUCUGUGACAAGGGCUUCGCGUACAGCUCCCAGGAGAAGGCUUGCCGAGAUGUGGAUGAGUGUCUGCAGGGCCGCUGUGAGCAGGUCUGCGUGAACUCCCCGGGGAGCUACACCUGCCACUGUGACGGGCGUGGGGGCCUCAAACUGGCCCAGGACAUGAACACCUGUGAGGACAUCUUGCCGUGCGUGCCCUUCAGCAUGGCCAAGAGUGUGAAGUCUUUGUACCUGGGCCGCAUGUUCAGCGGGACCCCCGUGAUCCGACUGCGCUACAGGAGGCUGCAGCCCACCAGGCUCGUAGCUGAGUUUGACUUCCGGACCUUUGACCCCGAGGGCGUUCUCCUCUUUGCCGGUGGCCACCAGGAUGGCACCUGGAUCAUGCUGGCCCUCCGAGCUGGCCGGCUGGAGCUGCAGCUGCGUUACAAUGGUGUGGGCCGAAUCACCAGCAGCGGCCCGGUCAUCAACCAUGGCACGUGGCAGACGAUCUCUGUUGAGGAGCUGGCUCGGAGUCUGGUCAUCAAGGUCAACAGGGAUGCUGUCAUGAAAAUCGCGGUGGCCGGGGACCUGUUCCAGCCGGAGCGAGGAAUGUUCCAUCUGAACCUCACCGUGGGGGGGAUCCCCUUCCAUGAGGAGGACCUGGUGCAGCCUAUAAACCCUCGUCUGGAUGGCUGCAUAAGGAGCUGGAACUGGAUGAACGGAGAAGACACCACCAUCCAGGAAACCGUGAAGGUGAACUCGAAAAUGCAGUGCUUCUCGGUGACGGAGAGGGGCUCCUUCUACCCGGGGAAUGGCUUUGCCUUCUACAGCCUCAACUACAUGCGGACCCCUCUGGACGUCGGGACUGAGUCGACCUGGGAAAUAGAAGUCGUGGCCCACAUCCGCCCGGCCGCAGACACGGGGGUGCUGUUCGCGCUCUGGGCUGCUGACCUCCGGGCCGUGCCCCUCUCUGUGGCCCUGGUUGACUAUCAUUCCACGAAGAAGCUCAAGAAGCAGCUGGUGGUCCUGGCAGUGGAGCGUGUGGCCCUGGCCCUCAUGGAGAUCAAGGUCUGUGAUGGUCAAGAGCACGUGGUCACUGUCUCGCUGAGGGAGGGUGAGGCCACCCUGGCGGUGGAUGGCACCAGAGGCCAGAGCGAGGUGAGCGCCGCGCAGCUGCAGGAGAGGCUGGCCACGCUCGAGAGGCACCUCCAGAGCCCCGUGCUCACCUUCGCCGGUGGCCUCCCAGAUGUGCCAGUGACUUCAGCACCAGUCACAGCGUUCUACCGCGGCUGCAUGACGCUAGAAGUCAACCGGAGGCUGCUGGACCUGGACGAGGCGGCCUACAAGCACGGUGACAUCACCUCCCACUCCUGCCCCACCGUGGAGCCUGCUGCAGCCUAGGCCCCCACAGGACGCAGCAGGGAAAGCCCCUCAGCCUCUGCCUAAAACAGCAGGGAGGAGCCUGGGGUGUCCGUACCGCGCGGGGCGGUCCUGAGAGCUGGGCUUUCCUCUGUGGCCAUCCUGGCCUGUAACAUAUCUGUAAAUAGUGGAUGGACCUGGGGCCUCUGAUGCCGCACACUCAGCCGCGGGUCCGGGCACGGGGAAGCCGGCGUGGGGCAGAACAGGCUCAAAGAAAAUAAUUCUCUAUUAUUUUUAUUACCAAGCGCUUCUUUCUGAUUCUAAAAUAUGGAAAAUAAAAUAUUUACAGAAAGCUUUGUAA